CACGUGCAUCUAGGAAUAAAUUUAUAACCAACAGUUUUUUCGCCUUUUAAUUUUCAGAGGAAGCAACCUCAGCGGACAACAAGAGAUGUAAAGAUCUGUUUUGAGCGCUUUUUCCAGCGUGUGCACACACAGUCACCAAAGCUCGGUUCAUGACCGGAACCUACAACUUGACUAAAAUGAUGCCCAGCUUUCCUCUCUGGUCUCUGCUUCUAAUUUUUGCAGUUUUUUCAUCUCUUAAAGCUGCUGAGGGCCAGAAACCUGCCGAAGACUCUGGAAGAUUGUCCCCUCCAUCCCCCGUUUAUCCAAACAUCAACUUUCAGAUCUUCAAUACAGACCAUGUAUUUCUGAGACAAAGUAAUCAAAGGCCAUCUGAGAAUUCCAGCUUGAAAGUUCAGGCCAAGAUUUUUCUCAUCACCAGUCCAGGUGCCGGGAUCCUCCCUCCAGCUAUCAAGGCAUCAUAUGGUCCCCUAGCUGUAGAUGCCACCAUCCCACCUGACCUGCUCCUCAGUGGAAGGAAAAUUCUGCCAGUAAUUUUGUCUCGUCAAGUUCGUUCCUCAUCCCCUUUUGUUAAGAUUCUUUUCCACAUGCCCACAGAAUGUAACAUCACUUCCAGCCAAGAAACAUUAGACUGCAAAGGAGGCUAUGAAAAGAAAGACGAAGGUGGGAAAACCAAAGAUGAAGCUCACUGUGUGACAGCUUAUGCCUUCUGGGAGACGAGAGAAGUCCGGGGUUCUUGCCUGGUGUCUCCGGCAGGAUUCUGCGUGGCACAGCUCAAGCUAGAACCAUUUUGGUUUGGAUCUGCCAGCAAAUCUGGAAGCUCAAGCAAGGAAGGAGAAAAAACUGAAGGAGUAAAAGGACCUCAAGGGAAUUUCAUGGAAGUCUACUUCCAGAGCAGAAAGGACCAGACUGGCCAGUGCAUGCCACAAGAUAGCUUGCAACGAGUGGGAGUGGGAAGAGGGAGAGACUCCGGGGGAUCUGGGACACCUAUGAGGAGGAUUGGAAGUGUCACUCUAGUCAGAGCUCCAUCAGGCAACCCAACAUUUUAUCGACUCAGGCUAGGGGGUGCUGUGAUGAUCCAAACUUCUUCCAAACCACUGAAGACCGCUGAUGUGGCAACAUUCUACAUUUUUCUGCCAAAUACAUCUACUGUGAAAAAUUUCACACUAAGGGCUUCUGUAAAGAAGGGCUUGUCCUUCAGUGCAGCUCGGCCUAGUGACCCAUCGCUGUGGGACGUUGUGGUGGAGCCCGGCAGAGGAGCGACUCCUUACACUGUGUCUGUUGUCUGCAACAGGAAGCUGUCCGCUACUUCAAAAAGGGGUCUUCUGGAAAUUCUGCAGCUUGACUUUGUACCAAAAGACGUUUCGGAGCAGGUUGAGAGCCAGGCCAUCUCAUGGCGCUUGGAGCUGCCAGGAAAUGUCAAGGAUGUUGGCUUAAUGCGGAUCUACACCACCCGGAGAGACUACAUGGGGCUGGCACCUCUGGUGAUGACCACGGACAUUUUGAAUACGGCCCAGCUGACUGGUAAAAUGGUUGCAGUUCCUGUAAAAACUCUGGCAGUCGAGGCCGAUGGCUCAGUCACCGACGUGACCAACUACACCAGCUGCAGGUCUACAGAGGAGGAUGUGCUGAAGGUGUCCGAGCGAUGCAACUACGUUUAUGUAAAUGGAAAAGAAACAAGAGGCAAACUCAGGGUGAUGGUUAAUUUUACUUAUGGUUUCCUGAACGCGCAGCUGGAGAUGAGCGUAUGGAUGCCCCGCCUGCCCCUGCUCAUUGACGUGUCUGACCCUGAGCUGAGCCAGAUAAAAGGUUGGAGGGUCCCGGUUACUACAGGGAACAGGCGGUCUACAUGGGACAGUGAGGAAGACGAGGACAUGAGGAAGGGCAGGGGUUGCAUGCUGCAGUACCAGCAUGCUACAGUGAGGGUGCUCACACCCUUUCUGGCCCAGCCUGUUGCAGACACGCUGCCUGACCCUCUAACUGCAGAAGAACCUGUUGAAUACUUCCUUGGUUCUGAUUGGGAGGUGGAUGUGACCAAUCUUGUGCGCUAUUCUGUGCAAGUAGCAGACCCUGAUGUUGCCAGACUCCAGGAUGGGAUGAUCCUGCAGGGACGAGCUGUGGGGACCACGACUGUGCAGGUGCUGUCCCCGUUGACGUCAUUGGUCCUGGCUGAGAGGAGCAUCAGGGUGCAGGAUGAUAAAGUGAGUGUGACAGAACUGGGAGUGCACUUGGUUUGUGGACUCUCCCUGUCUCUUCAGCUCAGCCCAGGGAGCAACAGGGCUAUUGUUGCCACGACAACCACUAGGGAGAUGAUCACGCAGCUCAAACAGGAAGCGUUAGUCGCCUGCUGGGUGCAGUUCAGCGAUGGGGCUGUUGCUCCACUUGAGCUUUUUGAUCGCAGCACAUACUCCCUUACUGUCUCCACCCAAGAUGACAAGGUGGCCACAAUACGUCGCACCCCACAGGCUGCAUUUGCAGUUGCCCAAGGUGAAGGUGAGGGACGGGGGAGGCAGGUGAGGGUGGAGCUGAGGAUCUGUGAAGAAUGCCAGAAGUCUAAGAGGAAGAGUAAGCUGGCUGUGGGCACAGGGAUCCUCAAGACCAACUUCCAGAGUGGCAGAGGUGUCACAGGAGCCGUGGGAGUUUCUGAUAAAAACAACAACAACGUGGAUCAAAAAAUGUCAGAAGUGGUGAGUGAGCCUAAAACAGUGACAUCACAAAGCGCUGUCACAGCGGUGGAGAAAAAACUGGUCAAAGGGACGGUACCCAACAAGCAGUCCAUUGUGGCAGAACGUAUGACCUCAACUACAUCUUCCAAUAGAUAUCUGCAGACACAGGUGGCAUGGACUGGAACAACCAAAGCCACAGCAGGAACAGCCUCGGGUGGCGUUAGUGUCACCACUUCUGCAACUACGAGCAACAUAGGCCAAAAUACACAACCGAACAUGGCCAGUCCAACAGUGGGCGUUUUCAGAGAUGCAGGUGAGAUGAAGAAGAGUUAUGGAAAUAUGAUCGACAACUCCAAUUCAUCUUCUAACAACAAUGUUCCUGAAGCAGAAACACCCAACAAGGAACCUCCUAAAUUUAAAUGGCCCACAGUAAUCGAGAGCGACCUCAUCAGGACAUUUAGAGCAAUGUCGGACUUGGAAAUUGGCAUGUAUUCAUUAGUGGGGGUCUCCUGUGUGGCCAUUUUGGCAUUUUUGCUCAACUGUGCUUCAUAUAACUUGUGUUUCCGAAAUAAGAAGACCCUUGUACAGGGAGGCCCAGUGCCGAGUGUGGACCCAAAAGAUCAUAAGCAUGACUGGGUAUGGCUUGGGAGCAACAAUCAGAGCACUGCUGCACCAGGAGCUCCAGUACCCCCGGCACAUGCGUCUACGCUAAAAGGUGAGCCUCAGCGCCCCCUGGAGUCCCGUCAUUCCAUCGAUUCCAUGGGCCACCUGGAGAGCCCUCUACCCACGGUGAGCGCUCCAGUUAUCCCAGAGAGAACGGCGACUCUGGGCCGCAUCAGAAGCAGCUCCCAACAGCAUCAGUUUCAGGCAAAAGCUAUCGACCCCAUGGCGAACCGUUCAGCCACACUGCUGGCGAGACCACACCGUAGCGAGCCUCUACAUUCCCCUACCAGCAAGAGGAAUCAGGUACAGUUCACCACCUUCACCACGUUGGACAUCAAGCACUUGUCUGCACUGAAGAAGAACGGCGCAAACUUAAACUGGGCCAGUCAGCAACAGCAGCAAGCCCCUCCUGAGACACAAAUACCUCUCCCUGACAUGCCGUGGCCUGUAGUCAAACCUUUAGGGGAGCCCCAGUGAAUUUACAUGAUCGGAUCUGUGAUUUAAAGAAAAGAAGUGUACACUUGAGGUGUUGUUCGUAAAAGAAAAAAUACAAUUGCAUAUGUUAAAACUGGAUGAAUCACCUGUAAGGACGUUAUCAUUGAAGUUACAUAAACGUGUUUUAUUUAAAGUGUCUUCUAGGUGCAAAUCUGUAGGCACAAAGGUAUAUAUUUUGUGUGAAAUCUAGAAAAUAAUCAAAUCUGCAAAAUCUAUCUUGUAAAUAUUACUUAUUUAUACAUUUAUAUGCAAAAAUAGUAAUUAUUUCAUUUAACUUUUGUAAAACUCUCCAAUGUCUGUAGGAAUAGUUUCAGAUUCCACUAGAUGUCAGAUUAAUGCAGUAUGAGAAUAACUUUGAUUUUUAACUAACUCCUUUUUUUGCAAAUACCUGCAGAUGUUGUAUUUUGUCUUAAAAUAGAAAACAUUCAUCAUGAGUUUCUGAGUGAACUGAGAUUCACCAGAAUCUAAUCUAAUUCACGAUUCUGUCAAUAGAGCCUUCACAGCAUUUGAGUUUGACAUUUUAAACAGUUAAUUUUGGCUUCAGGCAACUCCUGAGGAGUCUGCUUGUAUGAUUUAUUAAACAUCCAAUUUCCUGACAUGGUGCAUUACAUAUUUAACUGAAGUUUUUCAUGUGUAAAUGGAAAAAAAACAUUUUUUUACAUAACUAUUCUCCUUUUUGUAAACCAAAAUGUGACAUGUUGUUCCAAUGACUGUCUAUCAAUAAAGAAAAACGCUAAAUAAAAAUGUUUUAUAGUUUAAAUCAUUAUUUUUAAACAGAAAAGUACACAGAUUUUCUAAUUUAUUUAAUUUU